AAAAUAACCAAACAUGAUGACAACAUUACCGUGGAUCAUUCUCUCGUUACGUUUUUCUUCGCAAUGAUAUUCCGUCGCAGUCCGCCAGUGUAAACUCUAGCCGUCGUAAAAUCACCGGUAAAAUGAAUACAUUUUAUAACGCACGAAAGUUUACCGCUAGCAUUUUCAAAUGACCUUUAAAUAUAAUAGUAAUCGCAAAGUGUUUAGAUCUGUUUUAACGAAAAAACUGUGAACAUGAAGCUGGUUUACAAAAACCUGGACAAGGCCGGCGACGGGAGCAUUACAUUGAUCCCAGAAGAACCGGAGGAUAUGUGGCAUGCUUAUAACUUGAUCGCCGAGGGAGAUCAAGUGCGAAGCAGUACGAUUCGUAAGGUUCAAAAUGAAACUGCGACGGGAUCAUCAACAAGCAGUCGAGUGCGUACCACUCUUACCAUUAGCGUUGAAUCAAUCGAUUUCGAUACACAAGCUCAGGUGCUACGCCUCAAAGGUCGUAACAUUGAGGAGAACCAGUUCGUCAAAAUGGGAGCUUACCACACGCUAGAUCUAGAGCUAAACCGUAAAUUUAUUCUCACCAAACAGGAAUGGGACUCGAUUGCCUUGGAUCGAGUUGAAAUGGCUUGCGAUGUGACCCAAAGCGCAGACGUAGCAGCAGUCAUCAUGCAGGAUGGUCUGGCUCACGUCUGCCUGAUAACGUCCAGCAUGACGCUGGUUCGUAGCAAGAUCGAUGUGUCGAUUCCACGCAAACGCAAGGGAAACGUGCAGCAGCACGAGAAAGGGCUAGCGAAGUUUUACGAUUCCUUGAUCCAGGGUAUUAUUCGGCAUGUAAACUUUGAUAUUGUCAAGUGCGUGCUGCUCGCGUCACCAGGAUUCGUUAAGGAUCAGUUUUACGAGUACAUGUUCCAGCAGGCCGUCAAGACUGAUAAUAAGGUGCUACUAGAGAAUAAAAGUAAAUUCAUGUUGGUCCAUUCGUCGUCUGGGUUCAAGCACUCACUGAAAGAAGUCCUGCUGGAUCCGGCAGUGGUUGUUAAAAUGUCCGACACAAAGGCCGCAGGUGAAGUCAAAGCGCUGGAACAGUUCUACACAACGUUGCAAUGUGAACCGGCAAAAGCAUUCUACGGUAAGAAGCACGUAACUAGGGCAGCCGAAGCUCAGGCCAUCGAGACAUUGAUGAUUUCGGAUAACCUAUUCCGAUGUCAAGAUAUGCCUACGAGGAAAGAGUACGUCCAGCUCGUAGAUUCCGUGCGCGACUCCGGCGGCGAGGUUAAAAUCUUCUCUAGCAUGCACGUGUCUGGUGAACAACUUGCUCAACUAACAGGAGUUGCCGCGAUUCUUCGCUUCCCGAUGCCUGAGCUAGAAGACAGCGAGGACGAGCAGAGUGAUUCGGACACGGAUUGAAUGCAGAAAAAAAUUAAAAAAAUAUUGUUGCAUUACUCUUUGUUCAGACCGGUUUAUAAUCCGCUAUAACGCUACAACGAAACAUAGUUAGGAGUCUUGAUCUUGAUAAAAAAAAAUAACUUAUAUUACACAUAACCAUCAGCAAUACACUAGAGAAAGAGUUAGGGGAAAUUUGUUCGUUAAAACCAGCAUCAGAAUGUAAGUAGGUAUAAUAGCAUUGAUUCAGGCAUACGUUAAAAUGGCCACCAAUAGAAAUAAAAUAUCAAGUCAAACUUAUAAUUGACUGGUAUCAUUGAACAUAUGUUAUGCGAUAUUUUUAUUAAACACAACAUUAAACUGCAACAUAACAGAA